AUGACUUGUCCAGCGCCCGCAUCCAACCCCACAACCUCCACGACGCCCAAGGUGAAGAACAUCUUCAACCCGCGCCGCCUCCUUAUCCUCACACCAACCUCCCAAUCUCUCACAACAAUCCCCCCACUCCUUCACUCCUUGACCGGCGUCCCUGUCGUCGACCCGCCACAACAGCCAGUCCCUUCACCACUCGCAACCCCAUCACAGCCAGCCUUAAGUUCAACACUCCCGCCACCAACAAGUACCUUUGCCGGCUAUACAACCCAUAGCCCUCUCCGCCUCAAAACAAAAUACUAUACAACAGAAGUUCCCGUGUGGGUCGACGAGAUCCCACUCGAGAUCCACGACCCAGACACACAAAGCACUACCACACCCGCACCAACAGCCGAGCAAUGGAAAACGGAGUUCCUAAGCACAGAAGCUGAGAUCGUGCGCGAGGCUGUUGGGGCUCUGGUUGUUUGCGCGCAUACUCCUAGCGAUGUGAGACCUGUACCAGGAUCCAAUGUAAAAGCAGACCCCGCCGAGCGGCCUGACGUGCGUGCCCUGCGUGACCUGAUGCGCGGUAUCAGCGCUGUAAAGGAUCGCAUUGAUGAGGAGCGCGGCGAACUGGGUGAUGUUCCUGGUGUUUUUGUGUUGAUUGGGAGUCGGAAAGGGGCGGCGAGUGUAGGAGUGAGUCAGCAGGGAUCCAAGGAUCCCGAUGCAGACCUGGGGCUCGGUGUUGAUGAUGAGGAUUUAGAUGGUGGGGAUACAGUGCCAUUUUCGGUUAGUUGGUGGGAGGAUCAGUUCUAUGACAUGGGGUUAUUGGGGUGGGAGAUUGUUGAGUGGGAUCCUAAGGAGGUCUUGGAGGCUGAGACAAGGAAUCAGUAUGGGGAACGUGAGGGUAUGCCUCGUAUCAAAGAGGUUCUUGAGAAUCACGACUGGUCUAUGGUUGGAGUUGACUCUGGCUUUGACCGAGAAAAUGAUCCUGACAUGGAUUCCGAUGAUGAUCUUCAAGACCAACUAUUGGGUUUAGGUGGCUCUCGUGGGUUUGACGAUGAGGUCCAUGAAUUAGAGCGUGAAAUGUUCGGCUUGCGUAUGGCAAUUGAGCGUGGAGGUGGUGAUGGUGAUGCCACAGAUGAUUCUGAUCACGAUGGCGAGUGUGAGAUUGAAGUGGAGAGCAUGGAGGCAUUGAUGAUGCGCAUGCAGGCAAUCAAAGAUAUGAGCUCCGAGCUGCCAGAGGGUGAACGGAAACGAUUUGCUGCGAAGGCCGUGCAGAAGAUUAUGCGCGAGCUCUGA